AUGCUUCAAGCAAUUGAAAACGUCCAUGACCGGCAGUUCCUAGCCUCGGAGCUCGCCUCCCCAGCCACCCUCGUCGCUGAACUUGCCCAAGCAGAGGUUAAGAACAUUCUCCUGGCUGCCUCCGGCUCAGGCGACAAAAUCCGCGUCCGCAUCAUCCUCACCCAAUCCGCCAAACACUUUCUCGGCGGCCAAAGCAAAGAACAGCCCGUGUACUCUUCCUUACUGGACUACCCGCACGUGGAAGCCAUCUACGACGACGCCGAUGAGUGGGGUCCCGAGCCAUGGCGCCGCGGAGCAAGCAUUCUGCAUAUCGAGUUGAGGAGAUGGGCGGAUAUCUUGGUUGUUGCGCCUCUCAGCGCCAACACCCUCGCCAAAAUCGUCAACGGCAUGAGCGAUAAUCUCCUGACGUCCGUGAUAAGAGCAUGGGACACGGAUUCGAGUAUCGACAAUAAGAAGAAGGUUAUCGUGGUUGCGCCGGCUAUGAACUCUGCAAUGUGGAGACACCCCAUCACCGCGAAGCAAAUCCGCGUAUUGCAAGAAGAAUGGGGAGUCAGGGAUCCUGAGCCAAGUGAGGGCGACACGGCGGGUGUCGCGGUGGCUAAUGGCUGGUUUCAGGUUAUCAUGCCGAUUGCAAAGACACUUGCGUGUGGUGAUACAGGAGGAGCCAUGGCAUCCGUCGACACCAUCCGAGAAGCCAUCGAAAGCAGGCUUGGUCUUGAGUAG